UGCUUGCAAACAGAAGUAGGGAAAACGGAAGUACUAGAAAAAUCUUCAUUUUCUGGAUCAAGUCAGCAAGGAUUUGUUUUACCAUGGGAGGUGGAGACUUAAACUUGAAAAAGAGCUGGCAUCCACAAACUCUGAAGAAUAUCGAGCGUGUGUGGAAGGCUGAGCAACAACAUGAAGCAGAGCGCAAGAAGAUUGAAGAGCUGCAGAAGGAGCUGCGAGAGGAGAGAGCUCGGGAGGAGAUAACUAGAUAUGCACAGGAGACGGGUGCUCUUAGAAAGAAAGAUGACCGCUUGGACUGGAUGUACCAGGGGCCAGGGGGUCAAGUGUCCAGAGAGGAGUACUUGCUGGGGCGACCAAUUGACAAGCAAAUUACCCAACAGUACGAGGAACAAGAGAGUGGUCCAUGUGCCCAGACUGGCCUUUUGCCAGGCUCCAUCUUCAAUCCCACUCUCCCCGCUUCCACCCUUGACUUAGCUGCCAAGAUCAGGGAGGACCCACUCUUUGUUAUUCGGAAACGAGAGGAGGAGAAAAAAAGAAAUAUUCUUACCAACCCAGUUAAAAUGAAGAUGAUCAAAAAAAUGCUGCGCCAGAAUUUGGAGAAGGAGAAGAAAAAGAAGAGAAAGAAGGAAAAGAAAGAAAAGAGGAAAGAAAAGUACAAGAAACACAGCACAAGUGAUGAGUACUCUGGCUCUGAGGAAAAGUCAAAGCACAAGCAGCAUAAGUCUCUGCACAGAGACAUGGAAAAUCCUGCCAGCUCCUCCACUCACAGAUCUGGAUAUGGACUACAGUUUCCAGCCAACAGUCGCCAUCAUACAGACUGUCACCAGGGAAAGUCUUUUAGUGGCAAGUCAAGCCAGUCCCCUGUUUCUCCAAAAGCAGAACAGAAAAAUCAUACUACAUGUUCCAGUGAUCCUGCACAAGCGCAAAGGAACAGUGCUCAGGACAGGGAGCGUGCUUACAAACGCUAUGGCACAAUCCGACCCAAGAUGUCAUCGGAGGAGAAGAGGAGGAAGCGAGACGAGAUGCUGGAUUUUGCACGGCAACGUGAUAAGGAGAGAAUUGGCAAUGUACAGAAAUACCUGCGUCAAGAUGAAGAGGAAAAGGAACGUGAUGGGAUACAAGAUCGCCACAUUGGCUUCAUACAUGACAUGAAGCUGGAAAGUGCUGCCUCUUCUCUGGAGGAUCGGGUGAAGAGGAACAUUCACUCUCUCCAACGGACCCCAGCUGCCCUUGAGAAGAAUUUCAUGAAGAGAUAACAUGCCUGAACUAAGACCUGCUUUAGUAUAUAACCAAUGUAAUUAUUCAUAUAUAAAGGUCCCAAACAGUUACCUCAUGAACACCCUCAUCAAUACCACCUUUCGCUUUUUUUUUCUUCUCGAUAAGAUUGUUGUAUAUUGUCAGUCACAAUUCCAUAUCAGUUUGUAAUUGUGGAUGGAAUUCCCACCCUUCAUAACAUUUGAAACCCAGUUUUAGUCUUUUUUUAACUUACUAAAUGUCUUCAGUGAAGUGCAGUACUUAUUGAAUUUAGUUAUUUUUAUGAAUAAUACAAAUACGGUCUGUGCUAAAAGGGGAUAUUCAAGUGUAAUGCCACUGCAGGUGUAUACCUUUGGUUACCAUUUCUACCUUAACUGGAGGUGGCGCUAAACCUUUUCCAAAGCAGUUGUGGUUUAAUUACUCAUGGCCAAUAAUGAAGCAUUUCUUUGACUGAGGUAUAACCAGUAUGCUAAAAUCUAAAAACACCACUUCUGUAGGUUUAGGUUUUUUUCUGCUGCUACAUAAAAAGCAGAUGGAUAUUUUUCAGAUCCUAUCAUAUCUUGACUAAGAAUGUUAGAUUGACCUAACAUGUUUUUCAAUUAAGUACUUUGCCAAAAUCUGUAUUUUCUGAUAUGAACAAAUUAAAUGGGCCAAUUCAGCA